UCAAAAUUUGAAAUUUCAAAGUGGCAAAGGAUAGGGAAAAAGCAGUGAGACGAAAGCUGCGACAUUGUGCCACUUUUUGCUCUUUCGAGUUUCAGUAUAUCACAACAGAACAGAAACCUCGAUGUAACCUUUUCCUCCCUGCCCAUUAAAUUACUCUGAUUUAAUUAAUAAGAUAUCAUUCAAGAAUUCUGCGCAGCAUUCCUCUGCUGCUAUAUGUAUAUAUAUUAAAGCCCUCCCGCUUUCUUUAUUCCUAAACUUGAUUUGAAUCUCCAUUGGGCUAAGUCUGUCGGGGGUAUAAAGAAUCCAUUUUUUUAGGAUUCUUGCAAUCCAUUUUUUUUUUCCACAGCUGUUGGAGAUGAAAGAAGAAAUCCCAUCCGAGAACAGAGCGAAAGCAUCAAGAUUCGCUGAUCAAAACGAAGUUCUGAAAGAUCAAAACCGCAGCAAUGUGAAAGGAAACAGCAAUUUUUCGAGGAUGAAAUCUUCGUGGGGCUCUCACAUAGUGAAGGGAUUCUCAGCCGCGGACAAGAAGACUAAAACACGAGUGCUGCAGACCACAGCUCAGGUGAAGAAGCCUCCCCUCAACGCCUCCGACACCACCAAGAAUCAUGCCGCGGUUCCCAAUUCAAGAAUCAAGAGAUCGCUCAUUGCUGACCUCACCUGCUCGAUCAAUGCCACACAAGUUCAUCCACAAGCUCUUCACAGCCACACCAAGACCAAGUCAAUUGGGUCGUCCGAGGAUUUGUUCCAUGAGAUCGAUCAUUUGAGGACUCUGCUGCAAGAAUCCAAGGAUAGGGAGCUGAGCCUGCAAGCUGACUUAUCUGAGUUCAAGAGGAAUUCAAAGGAGCUUGAGUCCAAGAAGAUUGAAAUGGACGGCCUUUUGAAGAGAGUGGAGUUGCUCGAGAAGGAAAAGGCCAACCUUUCUGGACAGUUGGUGUCUUUAGCUUCUGUGAUGGGGAAGCAAGAUGAGGUGGCUGUAGGUGUAGCUGUAAGCCAAGAGCAUGAUACUGCUACUUCAGUCGAGCUCGAGGUUGUUGAGUUGAGGCGCUUGAACAUGGAGCUGCAGCUUCAGAAGAGAAAUCUUUCAGGCCGGAUUUCCUCAUUGGAGGCUCAGUUAACCACCAAUACCAAAGUCUCUGAGGGCGACGUUCUUGAGAAGAUUAAAGCCGAGGCCUCUGUGCUGCGGCAUGCGAAUGAGGACCUCUGCAAGCAAGUGGAAGGUCUUCAAAUAAGCCGGUUGAAUGAAGUGGAAGAGCUAGCUUACCUUCGAUGGGUGAAUUCGUGUUUAAGAGAUGAACUGCGCAGUUGUUCUGGCACAACUUCGGAUAAGCCAUCAAGUCCGAGUUCUGUUGAUAAGAGGAGGGAAUCUAUAUGCUUUUCGCCUUUCAAGAUUGAUGAGGAUUCUGAUGAGAUUGCCACAAAGAGGUUGUAUCUUGUGAAGAAGUUCAAGAAAUGGCCUAUUACAGAUGAAGACUUGCAACAGAUGAAAUACAAGGACAAUCUUGUUGCUUGUAGUUGGGAUGAUCAGCAAACCUCCGGUAGAAGGCACUCUAUCAGUGGGGUAAAUUGUUCCCAAGAAGACGUUGUUCUGAACAAGAAACGCCAAUCUGAUAGUUUUAUGUGUUCCAAGGAAUCGGAUAAGAGGGCCGAGGAACUAGUAUCUCAAAAAUAUGAUUUGGAAGUUAGCAAUAGGCCUCAUGUAUUCAACAGUUGUCAGGAAAUUUGUAGAGUGACAGCUUCAUUGGAUGUCGAAAAAAGGGCCUUAAGAAUCCCUAAUCCCCCUCCAAGGCCUUCCUGCAGUGGGUUAACUGGACCAAAAGAAGAAAAUUCUAGUCUGAGUGUUGCUCCUGCAGUCCCUCCACCACCCCCUCCCCCUCCCCCUCCACCUCCAAAAUCAAUGGCUAGGGCCUCAACGGGGAUGGUGCAACGAGCUCCACAAGUAGUCGAGUUCUAUCACUCACUCAUGAAGAGGGAGUCUAGGAAAGAGUGCUUGAAUUCAGGGAGUGCAGAUGCAUCUGAUGUUGCAAAUGUUCGUAGCAGCAUGAUUGGUGAGAUUGAGAAUCGAUCAUAUCAUUUGCUUGCGAUAAAAGCGGAUGUGGAGACUCAAGGCGAAUUUGUGAACUCCCUCAUACGAGAGGUGAAUAAUGCGGUUUUCCAAAACAUUGAAGACGUGGUUGCAUUUGUGAAAUGGCUUGAUGAUGAACUCUGCUUUCUUGUGGAUGAAAGGGCAGUUCUAAAGCAUUUUGAGUGGCCAGAAAAGAGGGCCGACACAUUGAGAGAGGCAGCAUUUGGAUACAGAGAUCUGAAGAAACUGGAGCACGAAAUUUCAACAUACAAGGAUGAAGCUGGUUUGCCAUGUGAAAUCGCAUUGAAGAAAAUGGCAGCUUUGUCCGAGAGGAUGGAGCGCAGCGUGCAUAACAUUCUCCGAACAAGAGACUCAUUGAUGAGAAACUGCAAGGACUUCCAAAUUCCCACAGACUGGAUGCUGGAUAUGGGAAUUCUAAGCAAGAUAAAGUUUGGGUCUGUAAAACUUGCAAAAAUGUACAUGAAGAGAGUGGCGAUGGAACUUCAGUUCAAAGGGACGUGGGAGAAAGAUUCAUCACUGGAUUAUAUGGUGCUGCAAGGAGUCAGAUUUGCUUUCAGAAUUCAUCAGUUUGCUGGAGGAUUUGAUGCGGAAACCAUGCAUGCAUUCGAGGAGCUUCGAGAUCUUGCUGUUGUUUUGACCAAAAGUGGAGACUGAUAACAGAUUCACUGUAAUUUCUCUUGGCUUACCACCUCAGUAAGCAUAAAAAAAAUACUAAAGAAUAUUGUUUUUGUAGAAUUUAGAGUGGAAUGGAAGAAAUCAUUUUUCAA